UUGAGUUUGGUUCUUUCUUAAUUGAGUCAAUUUUAGAUGAAGGUAACACAUCGAAUUCGCGUAUGCGGAUGUCAUACGUGCAUGAAAUAAAGCAAGUAGUAGGUGUUCAUAAAAUUAAUGUUUGCAGAGGUUUUUACGAACUCAAUACAACUUGGCAUGUUGAACAUGCUCCGCCUUAUUGAGGCAAAUGGGCGUUACUGCGCCGAGAACAGACACAAACAGUUUGUCCUUUUGCUGCAUUUUCAUUGGUCAAUAUGCCGAUGACGAAAGGAACUAGUGUUGUAAAGAAGAGAAGAGGUUUUGUUUGAAGAUUUCUCAAACAGUUUUUAGUGAGCAAUAGUAGGCAGUAGACGUGCUGUAGGUAGUGCAUAUCACGAACACAUAAUACAUCAAAUUCAAGUGACUUUUCAGCGUGAUAUAAUCAAUAUGGUGAAAAACGAAGAUCCAGUGCUACUUGUUCCAACAAUGGCUCGUACACCUCUCAAAUCUUCUUUUUCAAUAAAUUCAAUACUUCCCGAAACUAUUGAGGAGGCCACUUGUCCAGAAACAGCAUCAUCGCCUGCAACCAAUACCAUUUGCGAUUCCGAUCAAUACGAUUCCGAUGUAGAUCUUGACGUAACAACGACGACUCCACCGCCAAUGGAUUGCACGAAAACAUCGCUGGAAAACUCAGACUCCACCGGUAAAAAAGCAACUGAUAAAACAAACGAAAAACCACCAUACAGUUACAACGCUCUCAUAAUGAUGGCAAUAAGAAACAGUCCAGAGAAGCGGCUGACUCUAAAUGGAAUCUAUGAGUACAUCAUGAGGAACUUCCCGUACUACAGGGAGAACAAACAAGGCUGGCAAAAUUCCAUUCGCCACAAUCUGAGUUUGAACAAGUGCUUCGUUAAAGUGCCCCGACAUUACGACGAUCCUGGCAAAGGGAAUUACUGGAUGCUGGAUCCGUCAGCUGAGGAUGUUUUUAUUGGAGGAACCACAGGAAAACUCAGGAGAAGAUCAACUGCAGCAACCAGAUCCAGAUUGGCGGCUUUCAAAAGAACUGUUAUGCUAGGAGUAAACGGUGUGUAUCCUGCAUCGUUCCCUGCGUACAACUCAUCCUUGAUGGGAUUCUAUCCUAACCCAGCAUUGAUUGCAUCUAUGUACCAAAGAUACAACCCGUAUUUUGGUAAUUUGUUCCCAAAACCUACCGCCCCAUCACACCAAAGUUUCACAAUGGACAGGAUCCUUGGCAUUCCAUCUUCACCUUCGUCAUCUCCGUCGUCACCAGAUCGACCCAAUUCCACUGCAGCGAAUUAUUUUCCGACAUGUUACAAUCAUCAAAAUUUCAUUCACAGUCAGCAUUCCGCCAUGCCGCUGUUGAUGUCUCAAAUGUUGAUACCUCCUCCAUCACAACAAGAAGCGAACUCAAUCGUUAGACCAACGCCGAAAGAAAGUUUGUAUAAACCCGUAACUGUUAUUUCUCGGCAAUGUUAGAUUUUCUAGCCUGUCAGGUAGAUUACCUACAGUAACUAAUUCAUAAUUAUACCUAAUAUGAUUGGACUAGUAGGUAUUAGGACAAGUGAUCUCAUUUUUUUUAAAUAAUAACUUUGUAUCGAUAUACAAGGGGUGAAAUAACUGCAAUGUACAUAGGUGUGUAAAUAUUAAAUGCUUACCAAUAGUGAUGAUAAUUGUAGGCAGUGGGUAUUGAGUAGGAAGUCAACGUAGGUAGAUAAUGAGAGAAAUCUUCCCGAAAGAAAACGCUUAAAAGUGCUUAACUUUACUCCGACUUCACCUACAGGUACGACAGAAGUUCUUGCUAUCUAUUUAUUGUUUUGUACUAAACUAAACUUUAUUUAUAUAUAUGUGUGUGUAUAUUUA